AAUACAAUGUUUGUUCUGCCACACUGUCACAAACGGAGUGACUCCUGCUGAGAAGACACCACAAUGACUGAUCCAAACACAUCUUCCUUUUUCAUAGACUUUGGCUCUGUUUAUGAGGAGCUCAACUUCACAUACAACGACUCCGAUUUCAUCUUAAACCCAGACACACAGCCAUGCAGCCUUUUCGUCAUCCCAGACCCACUGACGAUUGUUAUGAGUGCAUUUUAUGUCCUCAUAUUUGUGUUGGCCAUCCCUGGCAACCUGGUUGUGGGGCUGGUGAUCGGUCUCAGCAAGCAAGCACUGCCCCCCUCUGACCUCUACCUCCUCCACCUGGCAGUUGCUGACCUCCUGUUGGCCAUUACCCUCCCAUUUUGGGCCACAUCUGUCACACGGGGUUGGGUGUUUGGAGAUGCCAUGUGCAAAAUUAUCACCAUGAUCCAAGAGCUGAGCUUCUACUCUAGCAUUCUUUUCCUGAUGUGUAUCAGCAUGGACCGCUACUUGGUGAUUGUUCGAGCUAUGGAGGCACGUAGAGCUAACCGGAAGAUGCUCAGUUGGGGACUUUGUGUUGGUGUUUGGGGCGUCGGAGCCUUUAUGUCUCUGCCGGGGUUUUUCAAUUCAGCUCACAGUUCUCCAUCCUCCAGUCAGAUAGUGUGUUCUGAACAAUUUGAGCCUGGCAGUGCAGACAUGUGGAGGCUGGCCACCAGAAUCUUUCGCCACACUUUGGGUUUUCUGUUCCCGUUGAGCGUCAUGCUGUCCUGCUAUGGAAUAACAAUCGAACGCCUCCUUCACAUCCGUGGUGGUUUCCAGCGCCAACGAGCCAUGAAAGUCAUCGUGUUUGUGGUUGUUGCCUUCCUGAUUUGUUGGACUCCGUACCACAUUGUAGUGAUGGUGGACACGUUUUUCAGGUCAAAGAUCGUGCCUUGCCAGUGCCCAGCGAGGAUGGCGGUUGACCAGGCCAUGUUCGCCACUCAGAGUCUGGGCCUGCUGCACAGCUGUGUUAACCCCGUGCUGUAUGCGUUUGUGGGGGAGAAGUUCAGGAGCAGGCUGCUGCAGGUGUUGAAGAAGAUGGGUGUCCUGCAGAGAACGUCUGUGUCGAGAUCCAGCAGGUCUUCACUGUCGUCAGAGAUCACAUCCACAUUCAUGUGAGAACAAGGAGAAACUGAACUGUACAUGACUGCCUGGUCCUAAGUGCUGGACACCAAAUUCAUAUUUUUGAUACUUAAAUGCAUUUUAUGAAUAUUUGGGCAAAGUGAUAAAUUCGUUGUAGUUUUUUGCUAGAUUCUAUUUUUUCAUCUUAAAUGACGUUGAGUUGCUGUGACUUACCUUGAACAUUUCACCAAAUUUGUAAAUAUUUUUUCUUGCCAGAUUUUUUUUUUUUUUAAUCUUGCAAAACUUGUUAUUGAUGCAGCUAACCUUCAAUAUGUCAUGACAUUUGUAAAUAUUUUUCAUUCUGUAUCCUGUUUAAUGUGGUUUUUGGUUUCACAUCAGUUUACUGCGUUUCUUUUCUUCUUUUUUUUGCGGUUACCCUUUCACAAUUCUUUUCUCAGUCAUUUCUAGUUAAGCAAGCUGCAAAGCACAUCUGUCAGGUGUGACUACAUCACGGCAGAGCUUCUGCUUCUGCCUUACAACCUAAGCUUUGGUUGAAAGCUAGGAGAAGCUCAAAGUGGACGUUGAGCUAUGAUAAUUCCUCUUUUUGUGGUGAAAAGAAGUCUUUCCUUUAUAGAAAAUAUUUUAAUGUUCUUAUUUCUAAGCUGCUUUUGGAAGCUCAAGUGAUAACCUGUUGUAUAACUUUGUUUAAGUUUUCCUUUUUACAUUAUUUAAUUGUAUUGCUCAUAAUGUUUUUCAUUGUAUGCAUAAGGUUUCCUAUGCAUUGAGUGUAUAGCUGCAAUCAUCACAUAAUAAAAUGAUGUUAGAAUCAAAAAUA